UUUAUUUUGUAUUUGCUCGAUGAAGUUGACUGAACCUGUGGCAGCUCGCGCUAAACUGCGGGUCAAAGGAAGCAGUUCAGUUUAUCGUCACCGAGCAGAGCCGCGGCGCGCGCAGUGUCGAGAGGCGGUCACGUGUUUUCCGCGCCUAAAUACAGUACGAGCACUUGGAACGUGUCCGCUCUGCUCAUUUGUACACAAUCCUACCUGUUGGGGUCAACUGUCCAAUCGUGGCCCUUCAAGCACGCGGGCACAAAGGGUCGCGCGCCCGCUCUGCCGGGAUUCGAUCCCACAGCCCCUUUCCGGUCACUGAGGUUAGAUUAGUGGAUUUCGGAUUUGGACAAGGUGUUAAGUACUUAUUUAAGGCAUCUUAACGUUUUAGUGGGACAGACAGUAGGUUUUAGAAAUACUAUGUUCGUUGGUAUCAGUGAGUCCCUAAGGGUGUCAUUUUUAUACAGUAAGUAUAUUUAACAGGAGUGUCACAGUUUUUGAGGGAAAAAACACAAAAUUCCCCAGGUUACGUCUUUAAUGCCUCAGUUGAAGAACCGUGUUUUAAUCUGUAAAGGUGUGGCAGUUGCUGUUUCACACCGUGAAUCACAGGUGGUAUUAUGUAUUUUUUCCUUAAUGUAAACAAAAGCCUAAAAUUAACUCUGUGCGUGUGUGUAUUUUCUUUCUUCAUUUCACGCACUGUCCCCCUCUCCGCCGAAGUUACUUUCUUCCGUUUUCCAUGUCAUUUCCUGUAAUAAAAAGAUGGUGGUCAAAGACGAGAGAAGCGACCGACUCGCUGCAAAUUAUUUCACAUAAAAAAAAAAAGAAAAAAGGGGAAAAAAAAAAAACUUUGCGUCGCCCCGGACCACCGAGACGAGAGUGCGCGUGCCAAGCGCGGUGCGGGCGCGCGGGUGCUGCCGCGAGGCGGACGGAUCGCACGCGGGGGUCGCGAGCCGAUCCGAUCCGAGCCGAGCCGGACCAGGCCGCCGACGGGCCGCGGAUCCCGGGGAAGGAGCUACGCAGGUUUCGCCCAUUUCACGGAGAGGAAUGAAGCAGUGCCAGUAACAUGCUGUGUGUUCGCAGCCCCAACAUGUCUGAGUGAGACGGGGGCUGCAGGACACCCCUCUCCUCGUUGCCUGCAUUAUGGCGGAGUUCGCCACCUCCCCGAAAGACCCGGCGCCUGAACGAGCGUCCAACUGCAGCCGCAGCCAAAAGCAGGACACGGAGCUCUACGAGUCCGAAGAACCAAACAAGAAGCUGAAGGUGGAGCAUUCGCUGUGUGGCACCGAAAGCCACCCAAAAGUGGAUUUCUGGUUUUGCGAAGAGUGCAAGGAGUACUUCAUAGAAGAAUGCCCCAGCCAUGGCCCCCCAGUCUUUGUGCCGGACACCCCUGUGGAUCGGGGCGUCCCGAACCGCGCUGCACUCACUGCCCCUUCUGGGGUCGAGGUCAUCCAGGAGGGCGAUGAGGUGGACGUAUGCUGUGUGGACAAGGACAUCCCCAAGGGGGCGCUCUUCGGCCCCUACCAGGGAGAAGUGGUUUCCCAGGACCGGUCGUCGGGGUUCUUCUCCUGGAUGAUUGUCGAUGAGAACAACGUGUACAAAUCUAUUGACGGCAGCGAUGAGACUAGAGCCAACUGGAUGAGGUACGUGCGGAUGUCGGCCGAGGACGGCGAGCGCAACCUGACGGCCUUCCAGCACGGUGAGCACAUCUACUUCCGGGUGCGGCGCCACCUGCUGGUGGGAGAGAAGCUGCGCGUAUGGUACAGUGACGACUACAUGGCUCGCCUGCACAGUGUGUCGCGGGACAGCAUUGACCGCAACCUGGCCUCAGCUGGGGCGACUGUGAAGAAAACCGAGGACUUGACUCAAAAGGAACCUAAAGGGCCGGUGCUCAGAUCAGCGCUACACGGCCGGCGGAGCCUCUGCAAGCAACUCACUGAGGAGGGAGAUGGCCAGGUGCAGGCAAAGAAGAAGAAGAUCGACCUUAUUUUUAAAGAUGUCCUUGAAGCCUCCUUGGAAGCUUCCAAAAGUGUAGACAAUACUCUGAACAGCACCUUGUCCCUCAGGCGAACCAGGGGCCAGAGAGUCACGCAGCUCUUCAAUCAUCCCAAAUCUUCCGCAUCCCAGAAGUCUUUAGUCUCCCAUAGCGAGCAAGAGCGUAAGCCGCUUAGCCUCAUACUUGGCCCCACCCCUGGCUCUGUCUCCUCCGAAAUCUUGGCGGGAGAUGUAGGCGUGAGCUGCGUGAAGGCGGAGGGCCAGGAAGAUGGCCCCGCCCCGACCUGUGAGAGCCCCUCAACCUCUUUUUGCCCAAACUGCGUGAAGCUAAAGAAGAGGAUCAAAGAGCUGGAGGCGGAGCUGGACCGCUUGAGGGCGGGUCCACAGGCGGAGUCUGUGAGCCAGGCCCCUCCUCAGCCUGAGCCAACUCCACCUGAAGAGCUCAAAGUGACUGAAGCUAUGACUGCCAUCCCUGUAGUGCUAGACGAAGAUGACCAGGACAUGGACUCUGCUGAUGAGUCCAUUGCGGCUGACCUCAUGGCCACCACCGAUGAGUCCUCCAAAUUGCUGGCUGGGCCGGGUCGACGUAUUCGCCGCUUCAAGCAGGAGUGGCUGAAGAAGUUCUGGUUCCUGCGCUACUCACCCACGCUGAAUGAAAUGUGGUGCCAUGUUUGCCGUCAAUACACCGUCCAGUCCUCCCGCACAUCUGCCUUCAUCAUUGGCUCCAAGCAGUUCAAGAUCCACACCAUUAAGCUGCACAGUCAGAGCAAUCUGCACAAGAAAUGCCUGCAGCUCUACAAGCUUCGCAUGCACCCGGAAAAGACGGAGGAGAUGUGCCGUAACAUGACCCUGCUCUUCAACGCCGCCUACCACUUGGCUGUGGAGGGCCGGCCUUUCUCUGACCUACGGCCCCUGGCUGAACUGCUGAAGAAAUGCGAGCUCAAGGUCGUGGACCAGUACAUAAAUGAGGGCGACUGUCAGAUCCUUAUCCACCACAUCGCCCGGGCUCUGAAGGAGGAUCUGGCAGAAAAAAUCCGCCUCUCCCCCUUUCUUAGUGUCAUCAUGGAUGGUCAGAAUGAUGAUCUGCUGACAGACACAGUCGCUAUUUACGUACAGUUCACCACAAGCGAAGGGCCCCCCGCUACAGAAUUCCUCUCUGUCCAGGGUCUCAGCUGCGCCACUGCAGAUGGGUACCUCCAGGCCAUUGACCGGGCAUUUGGGGUCCUGGGCCUGAGGCUACAGGAUGUCCUGAUCAUCGGCUUUGGUGUAGACGGGUCAAAUGUUUCUUCUGGCAUGAGAGCAAACAUCUAUAUCUCCAUGAGGAGAACUUUCCCUUGGGUACUUUGUCUGCCGGUCAUGAUCCAUCGGCCACACUUGGAGGUGCUAGAUGCCAUCAGUGGGAAAGAGCUCUCAUGCUUGGAGGACUUGGAGAACAACCUGAAGCAGCUGCUUAGCUUCUAUCGAUAUUCCCCCCGCAUGAUGUCUGAGCUUCGGGCAACCGCUCCAACUCUCUCAGAAGAGGCAGAGUUUCUCGGUGACAUACGGGCCAUCCGCUGGAUCAUCGGGGAGCCCAAUGUUUUAAAUGCCCUAAUCAAGGACUAUCUUGAGGUGUUGGCCCACUUGAAGGAGAUCAGCAGUCAGACUCAGAGAGCUGAUGCAGCAGCUAUUGCCUUGGCCCUCUUGCAAUUCCUCAUGGACUACCAGUCAGUCAAACUUAUCUACUUCCUCUUGGACAUCAUAGCUGUCCUCUCCCGCCUUGCAUUCGUUUUCCAAGGAGAGUACCUCCUAGUGUCCCAGGUGGAUGCAAAGAUCGAAGAAGCCAUUAAGGAGAUCGGGAGGCUGGUGGAUUCCCCGGGGGAGUACUUGCAGGAGUUUGAGGAGAACUUUCGGGAGAGCUUCAACGGCGUAGAUCUGAAAAACCUGCGAGUGGCCGAGUCCAAGUUUCAGUCUAUCCGGGAGAAGAUUUGUCAGAAGUGCCAGUCCAUCCUUGUUCAGCGUUUUGAUGCACAUAGCCGCACGGUGGUCAAGGCCUGCCGGGUUCUAGACUUGGCCACCUGGCCGCGCAACAGGGACGAGCUUAGGGCCUAUGGAGAAGAAGAGAUCUUGCUCAUCUUUGACCACCUGGAGGCUGUCCCUUUAGUGGGUCGCGAGGGCUCCCGCGACAGGGCGGAUGAAAGGGGCAGCCUGGUGGUUGAGUGGAGGGAUCUCAAGGCAGAUUAUUAUAGCAUGAAUGGCUUCAAAGAGGUGGCUGGCCACAUCUGCAGGUACAAGCAGCGCUUCCCCCUCCUGAACCGAAUAAUGCAGAUUGUGAGGGUUCUGCCCACCUCCGCAGCUUGCUGUGACAAGGGGAGGGCAUCUCUGCACAAGGUGCGCAGGAACAACCGCUCACGCCUCACCCUGGACCAGGUGAAUGACCUGCUGACUCUGGCUGUCAAUGGGCCACCCAUCACCAGCUUUGACAGCAAGCGGCCGCUGGACAGCUGGUUCGAAGAGAAGUCCGGGAACAGUUACCCCGUGUCCACGGAAGUGCUGAACAGGAUGCCGGGGGCCGAUCAGAAAUCGGUCGUACAUGGCAUGGACCUGAACAGCGAGUUUUAUGCAGACGUAUGACUGGUAGCAUCGGCUUUAGCCGACGUGGUCCAAAAAGGCCAUCUUGGAGGAGAGUCAUGUGAUCAGUUGACGGUUUGUUGCUGCUAAGAUGUAAUGAUUCAGUCAUUUCAGUUUUUUUUUUUUUUUUUUUUUUUUUGAGAACUGGGUAGUACAUUUGUGUCUUCGUGUGUAGUAUCUGCAGAAGGUAUGCUGAGACACGAUCAGCUUUGCUUUCAUAUACGCCGUCAUAUUUUUAGGCUGCGAGAACAUAAACACGGCUUGACAAAAGGCAACGAAAUCCAUUUAAGUGUGGAAAAUAGAAUAGUGGAGAGUAUUUUUAACUGCAGCAUUCUGAGCGGUUUUUCAAAGUUUGAGAUUUUUGUAUCAAGAGAUUGUAUUUUCAGUUAUAAGAUGUACCCUUUAUAGGAUCGCAUACUUUAUAGGAUUACAUGUUCUUAGAUUGUUGGUAGUUAAGGCAGAUUGUGAAUGCCAAAGUGAAGCUAAGCUAAUGGAGUCAGGUGGAGGGAAAUGGGCCUUUCUUAAGAACUAUCAAGCCUCCAGCAAUAUGAUAGCAAUGCAUUGCAGUAACUUUGCUGACCACUAAAUGUAAAUGAUUUCUUAGAAAAAAAAACAAGGCACAGAUCCUACCUAUAAAAAGUGUGCGGUCAGAAAAAGAGAAAAAAACAGACUUCGCUCUGAUUUUUUCAGUGCACACCACUUUUUUUGGCUGCAUGUGCUCAUUUCCCUGGUCAGUGCCAAGGGUGGUGAAAGUAACCACUAAAAACAUUUGCUUUAGGGUUACGUGGAUUGAACCCUCCCGUUAUUUCUCAUAAAAUGAGAAAAGAUUGUAGUUCACUUAGAAAUACCGCCGUCUUUGCACCUACCAAUCAGGGCCGACUUCCUGUUAAUAAUUGUUACUUCUGUAACGAAACAUACGGCUUUAAGGUAAAAUAACCCGACGAAUGUCUGCAGGGGUUUCCGCAGCUAUGCCUGGAAUAUCGUUGUUCCCACUUGCAUAUUUUGUUUGUUUUUUGCCAGUACAUUGAUGUUUGUCAAGCCAUAUGGGGUUGUGCCAUAACGCAUUUUGCCAUUUAUGAAUGUUCAGUCUAUGUGUGAAUAUUGAUCCAUAAGCAAGCUGUUAUUAUUUAGGUAUACUGUACAUUCGACUUACUCAUAGUUUACUUCAGUCAUUUUUAUAUGCGUAUUUUUACCACACUGUUGUCGUUAUUUUGGCUUCCCAAGUGUACUAUAAGCUCUUUCCUGGGAAUGUUUCAUUUUCUUAAGUUUAAAAAAGUUCAUACGUUUUGUGGCCGCUGUACAAAGCCCUCGUACUCUUGAAGGUUGACAGUCGGCGAUCACGGCCAUAUCGUCAAGGAUUUCUUUCAGCACUCUUGUUCUCAGGGUUUCUCAUCCCUGUGAUCAGCUUAGUUUACUGUCUUCACAGCUUCACUGAAGUUAAAUUAUUCUGUAGCCUUGCAUCUCUGCAAUAUUUGUGCAAUAUCAGAUCUGAUGUCAUCAAAGACUUGAUUUCUGGCUAAGGAUGGAUAGCGUUCAUUCCUAUAAAUCCACCGUGGGUGCUAAAAAAAUGAGUAUUUGCAAAUGUUCACUUUGUUAUGAAGAUGACUAUUGCUUGCAUUUUAAUUUCCGUUCCUUCCUUUUUGCGUAGUCUAUAUGGUCAUGGACUUUAAAAGUGACCCAGAAUGCCUCCGCAUUCAUUUCUUGCAUGGCUGCUACAGUAGUCGGAACUUAUGCCACACGCCUGUUUCCGCUUUCAGAGGUGCCUCGAAACGGGAGCGCGUCAGUGCUGGAGCGAUUUUCUCUUACGUUGCUCAGCGUAUGAAUUGUGAGAAAAGAUCGAACUACGGAAAUGCACUUGGAAGUAGACAAUGAUGCAGUACAAUUGCCAGGGCAGAGAACAGGGUCGAGCAGCUCGGUUCUUGAGUACUGCAGGUUUAUGCCCCAGCUGAGCUCUUAACUGCUCGGCCUUCUAAUCACAACUGAACGGAUUCUAUGAUUCAGAUCACAUUUCACUGGAUCUGCUUGUUGAGAACUUGUACUCGUGUAGCGGCAUUUGGGGAGAAAAAAAAAUCCAAAUUUUCGAAAACCAUUACUUGUGCAACCUGUGCUUAAAAAUGUGUUUGCAUUAUUUGCUCCCCUGAGUGUUUUAUAGAUUUCUUCCUCCUUUCGUGGGCCAAUAAUAAUUUAGAUGUUUUGAAUUAGCUGAAACAAAUGAUUGCUUUAAGGGACAAACAUGUGGAAAUACACUGGCUCCUUGUGCUACAAAUAGUCGCUUUGUGAACUUUGGAAGAUCUGAGCAUUUUCCACUUUAUUUGCUUUCGCGAGCAAUGACUGCACUUGGUUCCUGAAAUUUCAAGUUUGCUUCGGAGCGAAUGUGACCUUGCUUUACACACUGAGCCGACAGAUGGAAGUGAAGAGAACCCGAACAAAACAACAAGUGCGUGACCACUUUCUUUGCACUCAGCUCCACAGCGUUUACAGCUUGUGUCUGGAGUUCAUGAGUGUUGGCGAUCAAUAAGAAGCUGUUGAAUGUUGCACAUGUUUAAGAUAAACUCAGUCAGAGCGGCACUGAGUAGGAGCUUCUGGAGACGGUGUUAUUUUAACUCAAUGUGAUUUUCACACACACACACACACACACACACACACACCGUCUGAAACCGCUGGUCCCAUACAGGGU